AAAUAGUAUGCCAAGAGUUGGCAACUAUGUAAUUGCCAUGUAGUUAUAUAUACAUAAGUGUGAACGUUAUUAAAAAAGUUUAUUGAUACGAGAAGAGGCUGUGUUGCAUUGAAACCCUUAGAAAUUUCUAAUUAAUAAUCAUGGCUCCGCAAUACAAACUUACUUAUUUUAAUAUAUCUGCUCUGGGUGAACCCAUCAGAUUCUUGCUGAGUUAUGGAAAUAUCGAUUUCGAAGACGUUCGUAUUGAAAGAGAACAAUGGCCAUCUUUAAAAUCGACUACUCCAUUUGGUCAACUACCACUUUUUGAGCAUAAUGGUAAAGUGGUUAAUCAAUCCAUGGCUAUUGCAAGAUACUGCGCCAAAUUGGUUAAAUUAACAGGAAGCAAUGAUUGGGAGGACUUGGAAAUUGAUUCUGUUGUUGAUACUAUAUCCGAUUUACGAUCAAAAAUUGCUGAAUUCCAAAAAGAACAAAAUGAAGAGUUGAAGGCAAGCAAAAAGAAACAGGUCAUUGAAGUUACUAUCCCAUUUUACAUUGAAAGAUUAGAGGCGAAAGUCAAAGAUAACGAUGGAUAUUUGGCUUGUAAAAAAUUGACAUGGGCAGAUUUGUACUUUGUGGCCCUUUUGGACAUGGUGAACGUGAGAGUAGGAAAAAAUAUAAUAGAAAAUGCUCCAAGCCUACAGAAACUUAGAGAAAAAGUAUUGGCUCUUCCUGGUAUCAAAGCCUGGAUAGCAAAACGCCCAAAGGAUCGUGUUUAAAUGAAUAUGAUUAAACAUGUUUAUUGUUUGAUGUUAAUGUAAAAUAAACAUUUUUUUUCGUUGUAUUUUUUACAAA